AUGGCUGCGGUGGCGGCGGCGGCGGAGGAGGAUGUGAUCAUCGUCGGCGCGGGGCAGUCGGGGCUGGCGGUGGCGGCGUGCCUGUCCCUGCGCGGCGUGCGCGCCCUGGUCCUGGAGCGCGACGACUGCGUGGGCUCGCUGUGGCGGAAGCGCGCCUACGACCGGCUCCACCUGCACCUGGGCAAGAAGUACAGCGCGCUCCCCCACGCGCCGCACCCGGACUCGGCGCCGACGUACCUCCACCGCGACGAGUACGCGGCGUACCUGGACGGGUACGCGGCGCGGUUCGCCGUCCGCACCCGCCUCCGCCGCGAGGUCCGGUGCGCGCGGUACGACCGCGCCACCGCGCGGUGGGAGGUGGAGGCCGUGGACCUCGGCACGGGCGGCCAGACUGAGCGGUACAUGGCCAGGUUCCUGGUGGUGGCGUCCGGGGAGAACGGCGAGAAGUUCGUUCCCGAGGUGCCCGGGCUCGAGGCGUUCCCCGGCCAGGUGAUGCACGCCGCCGAGUACCGGUCGGCGGAGGGCAUGCGCGGGAAGGCCGUGCUCGUCGUCGGGUCCGGCAACUCCGGCAUGGAGAUCGCGUAUGACCUCGCGGCCGCCGGCGCCGUCACCUCCAUCGUCGUCCGCAGCGAGCUUCACCUGGUGACCAAGGAGAUCUGGAGCGUGGCGAUGGCGCUGUACCCGUACCUGCCGGCGUGGGUCAUCGACAAGCUGGUGCUGCUCAUGUGCGCCGUCGUGUUUGGCGACACGUCCAGGCACGGCCUCCGCCGCCCCGCCGUGGGGCCCUUCACCAUGAAGCUCACAACCCCGGCCUACCCCGUCGUCGACGUCGGCACCUACGCCAAGAUCAGGACCGGCGAGAUCCGGGUGCUCCCCGCAGGCGUCAAGAGCGUCCGCGGGAACGUCGUCGAGUUCGGGGACGGGAAGCGACACCCCUUCGACGCCAUCGUCUUCGCCACCGGCUACCGCAGCACCGUCAGGCAGUGGCUCAAGAGCGAGGACGGGCUGAUUGGAGACGACGGGAUGGCGGCGCGGAGCUAUCCGGAGCACUGGAAGGGGGAGAACGGGCUGUACUGCGCCGGGAUGGUGCGGAGGGGCAUCUACGGCAGCUGCGAGGACGCGGAGCUCAUCGCCACCGACAUCAGCAAGCUGCUGCGCCCCCAGCAGGAGCAGGGCAACGGCUUCUAG